UUUUUUCAAUGGAUGGAACUGUAUCUCUCUGGUCGUCCAUCCUAAUUUUUUCAGACCAGCAAGCUACAGAUCUGCAGCUAGCAUGGUAUAUGUAAAACCAUUCAGUGUUGUAUUAUGCUCCAUUUUUCAAUUUUUGUCAAAAAUUACUAGGGCAACAAAUAGGCCAGUCAAUGAUAGGGACAGGGAGUUCCUAUAUCAGAAAUUGACAACUGUAGGGAGAUUUUCAGCAAUGCAUUGGAUACUAUCCCCCGAGCCGCCUGUGCCCACACUUGCAGUGCCUCUAGUUGAAGACCUCAUCUCUAGCCAGGAAUUUAUUUCUGCAGAGAAUCCAAUCGCUUGGAUGAAGCAAAGAUUAAUGAUAAAUGAGCAAGAAAUCCAACAGAUUGCCUGUCUUACCACUGGUCAAAAGGAAAAUUGCAUGUGGUCAUCUGUUAGGAAGAAUAGAUUAACAGCUUCAAACUUUGGUUGUGUUUUGGCAGCGAUCAAGAGAAAUAGAUAUCCUGUCUCCUUAUACAAAAGAUUAUGCUCAGCUUAUGAUCUGUCAAAGAAGGAUGCCAUUAUUUGGGGAACGUGCAAUGAAAAAGUUGCAAUUGAAAAGUAUAGAACUUUUGGGGAUGCAGUUGUAGAGCCAACAGGUAUCUGGCUACACUGUAAUGGGGUUCUUGGGUCAAGCCCCGAUGGACUCAUUCGUCGUCCUGCUGCAUUCGGAUUCAGCUAUCAGAAUCCAGGACUCGCUGACAUAUUAGAGAUGUCAAACGUUAAGCCAGAAAUACUGGAGGUGAAAUGCCCCUUUUCAGCAAAGAAUAUGACAAUUCCAGAAGCUAUUGAAAAAGUACACGAUUUCUGCCUAGAGGUUCAGGAUUUUAAUGGAGUCAAGUCCUUCAAGCUAUGAGAGAACCACCAAUACUAUGAUCAAGUGCAAGGACAGCUUCAUAUAAUUGGGAAAUCCUUGUGUGAUUUUAUGGUCUGGACACCAAAAGAUUGUGCGAUUGUGAGAAUUAACAAAGACAUCAAUUGGGAGAUCAACAUAUCUGUUUUGACAGACUUUUAUUUCUGUAAAUUUCUCCCGUAUUUACAACAGCUAUAAGAUAUAACAUUAAACAUGGUGAAAACAUUUUAA